GAAGAGAGAGAUCCAGGGAAACCCCUGCAGUCCAACAGAGAAAUUAUUGUGAAACUUGCUGAUCUGGCUUUCAAACAACUGAUGAAGGGCAAUGUGAUGUUCUAUGAGGAGGACCUGAUUGAGAGCGGCAUAGACAUCACUGACGCAUCAGUGUAUUCUGGGAUUUGCACUGAGAUCUUUAAGGAAGAAUUUGUGAUUCAGCACAGGAAGGUCUACUGCUUCAUACAUCGGAGCUUUCAGGAGUUUCUAGCUGCUCUCUAUAUGUUUUACUCCCAUCUGAUGAAGAAAAUGGAGUCAUUGCAGUUUUUUCUGGAUAGUAGACAUGAGAGGUGCAUGUCUAGGCCAUUCUCUUUGUGUGAGCUUCUAAAAUCAGCAGUUACUAAAACUCUUCAGAGUAAAAAUGGUUACCUUGACCUUUUUCUGCGGUUCCUGUUGGGUAUCUCACUGGAGUCCAAUCAAAGACUCUUAGAUGAUCUACUGACACAAACAGAAAACAGCUCAGAGACCAUCAGAGAAAUCACACGGUACAUUAAAGACAAAAUUAAAGAAAGUUAUGGUCUCUUAGCUGAGAGAUCCAUCAGUCUGUUCCUCUGUCUUCUUGAAGUAAAUGAUCAGACUUUGUACAAAGAGAUUGAGGAGUUUGUGAAAUCUGGCAAACAUUCAGAGAAUAAGCUCUCCCCUGGUCACUGCUCAGCAAUAACCUAUAUUCUUCAAAUGUCAGACGACGUGCUGGAUGAAUUGGAUCUGAUGAAAUACAACACAUCAAAUGUGGGAAGAAGGAGACUGAUACCAGCUGUAAUUAACUGCAAAAAAGCUAUACUUGCUGGAUGUCAUCUUUCUGAUCAGCACUGUGAAAGUUUGUCUUCAGCUCUGCAAUCAUCAAACUCCCAUCUGAGAGAGCUGGACCUGCAUAACGAUGACCUGCAGGAUUCAGGAUUGAAGCUGCUGUCUGUUGGACUGAAAAGUUCAGACUGUCAACUGAACAUAUUGAGGUUUGAGUUUUACAUUGGUUCAUUCAGUAUGCUGAAAUAUGCUGAUGAAAAGUCAAGUAAAUUCUCAGAACCCCAUCACAUGAAUUAUUUGCAAAAAAAAAAAAAGGGGUCACUCUACCUCAAGUGAUGCAAUGGAGGUUGC